CUAUGUUAUCUGGUUAUUUUUGUUGUCAGUCCGACUCCGACGACGCGUGAGGUUGGACGCGUGCCGAACUGUACUCCGUACAAACUUCGAUAGAACAUUGUUCCACUUACGGAUUGUUUUCAAACUUUUUUAUUUAUCAGUGACACGACGCUGAAUCCAACGUAAGUUUAGAUCGUAUUUCUUUUAAAUUUUUCUCAGAUAAAACUAAAAUGUGCGUUCAAGAAAACACCGCGGGCGUCUUUUUAUUUUUGGCGCGAGAUCUUUGACAUGCAUUUUUAAAACAAAGAACUCUACACCGGUGGCAUCCUUGACUGCUCUUGAAUUUUGACAUUGUGGUGAAAAACUCAUUGUACCUACCUUCCACAAAAUUACGAGGAAAGCCGCCAAAAGAAAACAUGUCUCGCAUCCACUGGACGACAUUAGCAUACCAGCCCGUCCUAAACCGCAGAUAGGCCCCGGAAUAAUGUACUACAAUAAUAGAUAAUACCUAUAGAAUCUAGCUGCUUUACAUACAACGCGCUUCCAUAAUAUUCCAAACAUCGGUUCCUCCAGAUUUUAAAAAGAUUAAAUAUUUUUAAUAAUCUAAUUUUAAUAUUGACGAAAGCUUUAAACGCAUAGUAAUAAUAAUCAAUAACAAUCAUAUCUGAACGACAAUACGAGUAUAUUAAUCAGAUCACUAGUUAAAACUGAAUUUUAAAAGCGCUUUAAGAAUCAUAUCAAAAUCAGCUGCCUUAUAAAGUGACAAAUUAGUGACUAGUGCCAAACGUUCGAGAAAUGUCGCACGGAGGAGUGAAGAGCGCGAAGAAUGGGAACGGGACAGCGGCGCAGGAGUCGCCGCGCUACGAAAGCCCGCCGCCGCCACCUGAUGGAGGCUGGGGGUGGAUGGUCGUCUUCGCUUCAUUCAUGAUCCACAUAGUCACCGAUGGCCUGACCUAUUCGUUCGGAAUAUUCUAUGCGGAGUUCCUGACCUACUUCGAGGAGGGAAAAGGCAAGACCGCUUUAAUCGUCUCCAUCCUCGUGGGGGUCACCCUUAGCGCAGGUCCAAUAUCCAGCUCUUUCGUGAACCGAUGGGGCUGCCAGCGCGUCACCGUCGCCGGCGCCCUAUUGGCGUCAGCUUGCGUGAUGGUCUCAGCGUUCGCCACCAACGUAGUCACCCUCAUCGUCACCAUCGGCAUCGGCGCCGGCUUCGGCUUCGGUCUCAUCUACCUUCCGGCCAUCGUGUCCGUGACCGUCUGGUUUGAGCGCUACAGGAGCCUUGCUACGGGCAUUGCAGUAUGUGGAUCAGGACUUGGAACAUUCCUGUUCGCGCCAAUCACAUCCAUGCUCGUCGCAGAGUACGGCUGGCGAGGAGCCAUGGCCAUCAUCGGAGCAUUUGUCCUAAACUGCGUGCCCCUCGGCCUCAUGUUCAAGCCGGUACCUGAACCACGAAGAACGCCAGCAUCGGAACCCAUGCUGCCCAAAUCACCCAAUACCCCACUGAAACGAUCUCAAAGUACAGAACACGUUAUUCGUGCCAAUGGAAAAUACGACGAAAGCGACAUAGCAAGACUGACCCUUUCACAACCUGCACUUAACAAUCCUCAGGAGCAAAAGCAUCAGCCACCCUCUCGCCACGGCAGCGGCAUUAUGCAGAGGCCGGACGUCUUAUAUCAGGGGAGCAUGACGAGCUUAGCGAAAUUCCGAGCGCCCUCGCCCGACAGAAUUCAAAUUCCUAAAGAGGAGAGAGAAGCGAGGUGCGGCUGGCUGCCCUGCUCCGCGGAAUCGAAGGCCGCCUUAUCAGAAAUGCUCGACUUAUCGCUUCUAGUUGACCCCGUUUUUAUACUUUUUUCAAUAUCCAACUUUUUAACUAGCAUAGGCUUUUACAUUCCUUACGUAUACAUAGUGCCUAUGAGUGAAAAAAUGGGAGUGGAGAACUCGGCCUACUUGAUCUCUAUAAUUGGUGGGGCGAACUUGGUGGGAAGAAUCAUCCUCGGCUUCAUUAGCGACAAGCCGUGGGUGAAUCGUUUGCUGGCAUACAAUUUGUGCCUUACGAUGGCAGGCAUAAGCACAGCAAUGGCGAUGGCGUGCUGGGAGUUCUGGGGCCUGGCCAUAUACGCGACCACCUUCGGCUUCACCAUCGGGGCGUACGUGGGACUGACGUCGGUGGUCCUGGUAGACUUACUGGGGCUGGAGCGGCUGACCAACGCGUUCGGCCUGCUACUGCUCUUCCAGGGCAUAGCCUCGCUCAUUGGGCCGCCUUUUGCAGGCUGGCUCUACGACGCGGUGGAAUCCUACGCGCCCGCGUUCUAUGUAGCAGGAGGGACCAUCUCCCUCAGCGGGAUCAUCCUGUUCCUCAUCCCGCUAGUGGAGCGGCGCAGCAACAGGAACCGCUUCGACGAGGCCGUGCUGGAGCAGAUAUAGCAGGACCGCCGGGGCACGUGCCCCGUCAUCGUGCUCAACAGCCCCUCCACCCCCUCCGCCCCGUCCUCCCCGGACUCCUCUAACAGGGUACACAACACUAACAUAACACACGAACAUAACUUUUAUACCAAUUGUGAUGAAGAGUGUGAAUGCGCAUUUGAUGCCGAUCAAACUCAUUCCAGAGCGUGCGGAAGUGAAUGUCAGUGUAGUGAUAAUUUUAAUGGUGCAAUACGUAUAGAUUCUUUUUAAGGUAAAGUGCCGAUGGUUCUACGUUACCCAAAGAACUGCAACCAAUUUCUAAAUGUAUAAGAUUAUAAUGUAAGCUAUUAGAAUAUACUUUAUUUGUAAACUAUAAAUAUUCUGUAAAUUAUGUAUAAUAUCUUAUCUUAGUGAGUCACACUUGAGAAACGUGGAGUUUAAUGAUAGACGAAUCAAUGCGUUUAUUUCAGUUUAUUUAUUCAUAAAAUUGAGAGACAUUAAUUGAUUAAAUAUUGACACCAAGUUCCAUUAAUAUACUUAAAAUUAUUUCGUUAUGGAUCUUCCAGAAGGGUUUUAAGUUACACAAUUAGAUUUAAAAAAUCAUUUUAUUAAGAUUAAAAGAGAUAACCUUACGAUACAUGUUACAUGGGUAAGAAAUCGUGGUAAUAUGUUAGAUCUUACUUAGGGAAAGUAUGGACUUAUUCUAUGACGGCCUUAUUGUGGACCAAUCGUGGGUAGAAUGGGUAAGGUCCCGGAACCAAUCAGAUGCAUAAUCUGCUACUUGUGAUCGUAUACAGUAACGGCCAGUGCACGGUCAGUCUCGAUCCAUCGACAGAAGAGGCCCGAGGUAUCAGACGGUAAUCGUCUAUUUUUAUAUACUUAGUGAGUCAUGUAUUGGCUAUGUGACCUAGAUACGAGACUGACUGAAGCUGGGUCGCCUAAUAAUUUAGAACAUCGAUUCUUUCUAGUAACGACAGGUACAUUUACUUGUAUAUUUGCGCUAUUGCAUCGUGUUCAGUAGCGUCGGCAAAUAAUUUCUUCUUAUUCUCUUUUUGUAAUCUAUAACUUCGACUGAAUUAGAUAAUUGUGUAUAUUUGUGACGACUAAACUGCGAGUCGUCGAUAUCCUUCGUACAAAUCUAUGUCUCUAUAUUAUAUUAUUGUUGAUCUUGUGCAUCUAAUGCGCUACUUGUACAUUGAUGUUAUGCAUA